GGACCGUGCUAAUUCCCAACGAGCUCCGGUAUUCACUCCGCUGCGCAGGCAGGCGCUCACCACUUCGGUGAAAUAGGCUUAUCUUUGAAAGAGCUCGAGCACUGUGUCGGUUGUAAAAACCGUUUGUUGCUGUUGUCUCGGAAAUGCAACAUGCGGUUAUAGUAAAUUGAGUGCUAUUGAUUAUUUUUUUUUAUACAAACGUUUCCAAACGGAUAUUUAUGUUCGAUUUGUAGCAGAAUUGUUAUUAAUUUUCGUGGAUUUUUUCUUAAUAUUUUCUUCAACGUGCAUAGCAGGAUUUGCACAUGCAAUGCUGGAAUGCCGAGGGUUCCUCUGACAGUUCUCAGCGCGAGGGAUAAGUGAUGGAGCUUUGAUCAGUUAACAUCCACUUGUUUUGGUCGGGAUGUUACUAAUAUUUACACGAUAUAGACACGAUUUAUGAACAAAUGCAAAGAUAAGGAAUAAUUGCAAAUACCAACCGCGAGUUUUUUUUUUUACGACAAAUGAGGGUGUACUGCAUGCAGCCUCUUCUGAAUGGUUGCCAUAGCCAACAUCGCAUUUUCAUUUGAUUAAUUUAACUUUUCGAUCCGAGGUGCCACCUUUAGCAUUAUGUCCGUAUCAUGUAUUCACAUUUCAAUACAAUUCCUCAAUUGAGACUCGGUUAGUUUAUCCUAAACAUCCAGCUUACUGCCUUCACGUUAUAUCUGACCGAGGAGAGAGCACAGACUGCAGGGAGACAUGGCUAAAAACCCGUCGGAGGGACCCAAGGAGCCAGACCUGAAUCAGCUACCGGAUGAAGAGCUGCUGCGAUGCGGCAAGGAGGAGCUGGUCAAGCGGCUACGGAGGGUGGACAACGAGAAGAUGAACCUAAUGAUCGAGCACGGCAACAUGAUGAAAGACGUUAACCGGAGGCUGCAGGUGCACCUGCACGAGAUCCGCAACCUGAAGGAGAUCAACCAGAAGCUCCAGGACGACAACAACGAGCUGCGCGAGCUCUGCUGCUUCCUGGACGAUGACCGGCAGAAGGGCAAGAAGCUGUCCCGGGAGUGGCAGCGGUUUGGCCGGUACUCCGCGAGCGCCAUGUGGAAGGAGGUGGGUACCUACCAGCUGAAGCUCAAAGAGCUCGAGGCCAACCAGGAGAGAGUGGUGCGCGAGAACACGGACCUGAAGGAGAUCAUCCUCAUGCUGGAUGAGGAUAGGAACGGCGCCGGUUCCCGGAGCUCCAUAGACUCCCAGUCCAGCCUCACCAACCUGAAUGGCGGGACAGGGACGGUUCGGGAUGUCGGGGACGGGAGUAGUACCUCCAGCACAGGGAGCGCAGGUAGCCCCGACCACCACCACCACCACAACCACAACAGCCACAACCACAUACACAAGCUGCCCGCGGAGAGGGAGGGCAAGCUUGGCAGCACCUUCCAGAGGAGGUCCAUGGAUGACCUGUCAGCUCCACACCAUCACAGGAGCAUCCCAAAUGGACUCAAUGACUCCUCCACUAACUACAUCAGACAGCUGGAGACCAAGAUGAGGAUAUUGGAAGACGACAACAACAAGCUUUUAACGCAGCAGCAGUGUAACCCAGGGGACCUGCGUGUCCUGAGGAAGGGGAUGACCCUGUACCACUCUGAGUCUCAGCUGUCAUCCCUGCCACAACGCCAGGAUGCACUGUACAACGGCACGGUUGGUCGCCUCCCCACCAGUGAGUCAACCCCGGUAACAGGCUACCUGUCCUGUGUUCAGAAACCAGAGGCUGUGGUCCACGCUAUGAAGGUGUUGGAGGUGCAUGAGAACCUGGAUAAGAAGCAGGUCCCAGAGGACUACGAGGAGGAUCUGAGUGAGAAGGAGAAGGCCAUCGUCAGAGAGAUGUGUAAUGUGGUGUGGAGAAAGCUGGGCGAUGCAGCAGGAUCUAAGCCGUCCAUCAGGCAGCAUCUCUCUGGCAACCAGUUCAAAGGCCCUCUGUAGUCCACAGCAACCAGUUCAAAGGCCCUCUGUAGUCCACAGCAACCAGAGAGGAAGACUAACUAACUAUGCUCACCUGACACCACCUGACACCACCUGAAACCACCUCCGCUCCUACUGCCUACACUACCCAUAACACCCUGCUCCCAAUGACUACAGUUCCCAUCACCCACCAUUCCCCUGGGAUAUGGGUUUUGUCCAGAUGGGAUGCAGCUUUUGUCAAAAUUAACUUUUGGUAGUAGGUUAGAAGAACUUACGCAGCAGGUUAGGAUAAUUAACGUAGCAUGUUAGGAGAAUUAGGUUAUGGUUAAGAAAAUAAUUAGGGUUAGCUAAAAUGCAAAACAAAUCCACUUUUGGUGUUAAUUUGACAAAAGCUGUAACCCUUCUAGACAUGACCUGGUAUAUGUGACUGGACAUUAUACGACCCAGGAAAACCACAGAAUGGAUCUCGCCGUCUCUCACUCCCCACUACUAGCCAACUCCCCAAACACACAUUUAUUUUGAACUUCCAGUGUUGUUGAUAACUGGCAGCUAAUUUCACUGAUGGGCCAUUUUCCUUAUAUUAUUGGCUUGGGGAUUGACAGUUUGACAGAGUGCUGAAGAUUAUUUCAGAACUCUCCUGGGCCCGGUUUCCCGAUAGAGAUGGAACUUAGGCUUACGAGUGUUUUAACAAUGCAUCUUUCCUACAAUGGUCAAAGAUGUAACACGCGUUUCCCAAAACGCCACACAGAGGGAACACUUGCUAAGUGUGUCGUUGGAGCAUGUAUCGAUACUGAUAGGAUCGAACGAAAGGCAGUGCUGCUCUCGGAUCAGCUUUCUCCAUUCAAAUC